AUGGCCGCUCGUGUUAGCGGGCUCGCGGUGGGCUUCCUCUGCCUGCUUGCAAUGUUGUCGCCGUCCGCGCAGCAAUCCCCGCCCCCAGACUCCCCAGAUUUAAAGUCGUCAAUAGACACAGACACCCCACCUCUCCCUGACAUACGCCCGCCCCCGAGCUCCCCGCGCGGCUACGAGUUGGACGUGCCCCCCAGGAACGUCACGUGCAAGGAUACCGACGCUGGUGCAGAUGACGAGGUACAGAUGCCAAGGCCCGUGCCGCCACCUGCCAUGUUGGUGUUCGGAGAUGGGCAGUUCGACAACGGUAACAACGGAUACUUGGAGCCCCCUAACUACCCCUACUCUGGCACCGGCAGGCUUAGCAACGGGGCCAACCUUGCCGAUGCCAUUGCAUACACUAUCGGAUUCCCGCAAAGUCCUCUACCCUUCAUGUCGUUGCGCGGCCGGAUCAGCAUGUGGGGCGCCAACUACGCUUCCGUGGGCGCUGGGAUUCGGAACUCCACGAAUAGAAAUAAGAGAAGAAACGAGAGAUGCGUGCAGAACGGAGAGCGGAGCAUCCCUCUUUCGCAGCAGCUGGAGGACUUCAGGACGACGAGGGCCCUUAUGGGGAUAAUGCUAGGGGGUGAAGCCAAGCUGCGCGCGUACCUGUCCAAGUCCAUCUUCCUCCUCGGCAUCGGCAGUCAGGACCUCGACCCAAGAUGGAACAUACACCUCGCAAAUUCGACCGAGAUCCAGAGCCUCGUUGCCCUAUACGGGGAGGCCGUCACGUCCCUCUACGACAUGGGCGCUAGGAAGCUGGCCAUCGUCAACGUUGGGCUCAUCGGCUGUGCGCCCCAGAUCUUUGACUACAGGUACGGUUGCGACGAGAGCCUGAACGACCGCGCCGCCGCGUUCAACGCCGCCCUCAAGCCCCUCAUGGCUGGCCUUGCGUCAAAGAAGAAGGGCCUUUUCUACUCCAUCGGCGACUUUCAUAGCUUCACCACCACCGUCUUCGCCGACCCGUCAGCUUAUUGGAUGGUGAACAUCCGGGACUCGUGUAGCUUCACGGACCACCCAGAGAGGACGUGCUCUCCCCAGGAAGAGCACUGGUUCUGGGAUUCAGAGUUCAUGACGGAUCAGGCAUGUAGGCUGACGGCCACUGCAUUUUACUAUGGACCGCCUCAGUUUACCGCCCCCAUGACCUUCAAGGCACUGCUGGAGAAAUAA